AUGGGCUUGAGGGAACUCAGGCUCUUGAUCACUAAAAUAUUUAUGAUCCUGCUUCUUCAGAUUGCUCAUUUUGAGUACCACAUGAAGAAGAGUCCUUGUCAUCUAGAAAGACCUUACACUCCCACCUAUAGAAAAGAAGGGGACCUAGUCAUAGGGGGCUUCUUCUCCUUCUUUCGGAAGACAGAGCUAACAUAUGACAAAGAGUUAUUCCGAAGUCCUCCCCUCUGGAAUGCUCCAGGCGGACAGACGUUGCGCAAAUAUUACCAACACAUCCUCGCUUUCCAAUUUGCUGUGGAUGAGAUCAACAAGAAUCCCCAUUUGCUGCCAAACAUAACCUUGGGCUACCAGUUGCUCAAUAACUUCCAACAUAACAAACUAGCCGUGGAGAGUUCCUUGGUAUGGCUGUCAGGGAUGAGUCCAACUAUUCCCAACUAUAGUUGUGGCGGUCAGCCCAAUUCAGUAGCUGUCAUUGGUGGGAUGUCAUCUGCACUGUCCAUGGCCAUGGCCACCGUUCUCAAACUUUAUAAAGUCCCACAGAUCACCUAUGGAUUAUUUGAUCUUCUCCUGACUGAUAAGGUCGAGUAUCCAUAUGUCUAUCAGAUGGGCAGAAGGGAAUCUACUCUUCACCUUGCAUUCAUCCAACUGAUGCUACAUUUUGGCUGGACUUGGGUGGGACUGCUUCUUUCAGAUAAUAUAACAGGGGAAAGUUUCUUCAGUGAUCUGAAAGAAGAGAUGGACAGGAAUGGUCUGUGUGUGGCUUUUAAGGAAAGAGUGCCCCCAAAGUUUAAGAUCACUGAAUAUUAUAAACUCUCUUCUGGGAUUACUGCAUCAUCAGCAACUGUGAUUUUCAUCUAUGGAGAUACAGACUCCCUUCAAGAUCUUGCUAAUGCAUUCAUUUUUUAUCCAGUUUAUGGGAAGAUAUUUGUGGCCACCACUGCUUGGGAUAUUACGUUUGAUACUAACUGGCAGCUGCUUACCCAUUUUCAUGGUACAAUACUAUUUUCUCAUUCCCCGAUUGUGAUUCCUGGUUUCAGAGAUUUUCUAAGAAACCUGAAUCCCAGUGUGAACUCUGAGGACAUUUUUCUAAAGACUUUUUUUGAGUUAGUCUUUAAUUGCAAAUAUUUAAAAGAAAAUCACAUAGAAAUGUCAUCUACUAUAUGCCCAGAAGGUCUUUCCUCAAGUGAUUUACUUUAUCAAAAAUUUGACAAGAUCAUUAUGGAACUGAGUUCUAAUGUUUACAAAGCAGUAUAUUUAGUGGCCCAAGCUCUCCAUCAAAUGCUCCAGUCAGAGGCAAAAGAGAUAUCAGAAUUUGGAAGUAAUCCAGAUCUUUCUUGGAAGCUCCACCACUUCCUGAAGUGCAGAAGUCCUGUCAAUAUUGCCGGUGAUGAGCCAUGUGGAGAUGGAGCCAGGAAGGCUGUUGAGACAUAUGAUAUCAUGAAUUAUAAAUACUUCAUUGAUUGGAAUGAGAUACUGGUGAAAGUGGGUGAAGUGACCCCUCAUGACCAGGGAUUCAGCAUUAAUGAAGAAGACAUAGAUUGGCCAGAAGAGUUCUCUCAGACUCCAGCUUCCAUAUGCAGUAAAAACUGUGGCCCUGGAUUCAAGAAGACAGUCCAGGAAAGCAAACCUGUCUGCUGCUUUGAUUGCACCCAAUGUCCUGAAGGGCAGAUUUCCAACCAGACAGAUGCAGAACAGUGUCUGCCAUGCCCUGAAGAUCAGUACCCAAGCAGGGAGAGAGACCAAUGCCACAACAAGACCGUGACUUUCCUGGCCUAUGAAGAACCUCUUGGAAUGACUCUGGCCUGUGUUGCUUUCUUCUUCUUUCUCCUCACUGCUCUUGUCCUUGGAGUCUUUGUGAAGCACAGAGACACCCCCAUAGUCAAAGCCAAUAACCGAAACCUCAGCUACACUCUUCUGGUCUCUCUCAUUUUCUGCUUCCUCUGCUCCUUGCUCUUCAUUGGUCAUCCUAACACCACCACUUGUCUUCUGCGACAAAUCACAUUUUCACUUGUGUUUACAGUGGCCAUUGCCUCCAUUUUAGCUAAAACCAUCACUGUGGUUCUGGCCUUCAAGGCUACAAAUCCAGGCAGCAAGCUCAGGAGUUGGAUGGGCUCCACAUCAUCUUAUUCUCUCAUUUUGAUCUGUACUCUAAUCCAAAUGUGUCUCUGUGGCAUCUGGCUUGGGACGUAUCCCCCUUUCCUUGAGAUGGAUAUGCACUCUGAGCCUGCCUUCAUUGUCGUUCAGUGUAAUGAGGGCUCCAUCAUUACCUUCUAUUUUGUACUGGGUUACAUGGCCUUGUUGGCCUUGGGGAGCUUUACCUUGGCUUUUAUGGCCAGGAAUCUGCCUGACACUUUCAAUGAAGCCAAGUUCCUGACCAUCAGCAUGCUUGUGUUCUGCAGUGUCUGGAUUUUGUUUCUGCUGACAUAUCAGAGCACCAAGGGUAAGGCCAUGGUGGCUGUGGAGGUCUUUUCCAUCUUGACAUCCAGUGCUGGGGUUCUCACUUGCAUCUUUGCUCCCAAGUGCUAUGUAAUCCUUCUGAGGUCAGACAGAAAUACAUUGGAGUUACUGAAAAAGAAAGGUCAUCCCUGA